AUGACACUGGUCCGCGGGCCGAGCCCACUCAGCGAGGCUAAUCUUCGCCACCAGCACUUGAUUGCGCACCACGGGCGUGUGCGCUGGAUCGAGGGCCUUCCUCAGCCACCUAUACCUGCAGAGGGCGCCCAGGCCGAGUCGAGCGCCGCUGGUGGACGCCGAGUUCGUCGCGUUCCUCGUCGUACCCAGGCUCCCGUGAGCCCCUCUCCUGCUCCCCGGUCUCCAUCUUCAGGACCACCUCCUCCGGUGGUGGUCCCCAUCUCCGACCAGUUGGCGGCGAUCUCGCAGCAGAAUGAGCGCAUCCUGGCCGGCCAGGAGAGCAUCCACGCCCGCCUUGAUCGUGAGCGGGACCGAGGGCGUCGUCUCAUGUUGGGGCAGCACUACAUCAUGUCCUACUUGGGCUUGGACCCGAACGCGGUCCACUACACGUUCGUGCAGUCCCCAGGGUUCGAGGAUGAGUACCCUCCACCCACCGGCGAUGGUGGUGAUGCCUUCUAG